CCGGCGGGCCCGCCCCGCAGCGGGAAGUGAGGCUGGUGGGGCCGCCCUCGCCGCAGGAAGGCGGCAGCUUCAGGCCAGCGUGGAGGGGCGGCAGCGGUCAGCCGGGGUGGCGUCGGGCGGCCGGGGCAGCGAGCAGGAUGGCGGGGGGGAACGACGCUCAGGCUCCGCCGGACGCCACCGAGCUGAAGCGCAGGCGGAAGAGCCCCCGUUUGGCGGCGGCGCGGGAGGAGGAGGCCGAGGCGGAGGCCGCGGCCGAGCCCGGUCCCGGAGGGGCGUUGGAGGGAGACGAGCAUCACUUUGGGAAUCCGGACUCCUUGACUCGACCCCCUAUAAAAGCAUGUAGAUCGGCAGGCAGUUCUUCGAUUUACUUUCAAGAGAGUCCAAUAAAGGAAAAAACAAAGGCUUAUGACAGUGGUGAACCCAAGAAACCAGCAGGGCAUCAACCAAACAUUUGUACACCGUUAAAAGAGAGAAAGGUUGACUUCCUUGAGAAAAAUCAAGAUCACUGCUCCACUACAUCACAGAGCAGAAGUAAAUCUCGAGAUCAGCCCAGUAUAGGGAAGCUGUCACAGCCUUUGGCCAAAAAUGAUGGUAAAUCGCAGAGUGGAUUUCACAAGAGCUGGACUGUGUUACUGGUUCUGUUAAUUGUGUCUUGUCUGUCAUUGUUUUAUGUCCUGUUGAGUGGAAUACCAAGUCUUUGGGAUACAACUUUGUCAAGUAGAGAUACUCAAAUUCUGCAAGUGUUUCGGGCCCAGAUGAAGAAAAUAAAAAAUACGUACCAAAGUCAGGACCCCAGUCUGUGGAAGAGAACCCAUGUCUUCCUUGAGAAACACCUUAAUGCUUCCCAUCUGCAUUUGGAGCCAGCCAUCUUACUGUUCACAGCUGGCCAAGAAGCUGAGAAAGCGCUGAGGUGCCUAAGUAACGAGAUUGCUGAUGCUUUUGCCUUCUCCCAGAAUGCUACUACAAUCAAAAUUAAUGGGGCAGACAAAGCCAUAAUGGAUAGUGACACUGUCAAGCUGGAGGUAGAUAAUGAGCUCAGCUCUGGGUUCAGAGAAGGCAAGAAGGUAGCAGUGGUGCAUCGAUUUGAGUUACUGCCUGCAGGCUCCACCUUAAUCUUUUACAAGUACUGUGACCAUGAAAAUGCAGCAUUUAAGGAUGUGGCUCUUCUGCUGACAGUUCUCCUGGAUGAGCAGUCGCUGAGAAAGAGCAUCACCUUACAAGAAGUUGAGGAGAAAGUCCGGGAUUUCCUCUGGGCAAAGUUUACCAGUCCAGAUGUUCCUAGUUCUUAUAAUAGCAUGGACACAGAUAAGCUGAGUGGACUGUGGAGCCGUAUAUCUCAUCUUGUGUUGCCUAUUUGGCCUGAAAAGGGCCUUCCUGUGGAGGGAUGCACAUAAAAGUUAUUGGAGACGACUCGGGAAAGGAGGAAGACAGAAAAUGUUUGUUACAGUGGCUGAACAGGGAAGAACUUACUGCAGCUGCUAAGCUCAAGCAGCAUACAGUCCUUUCUGUGCAAAGAUAUUCUACCAGCUGUCAGGUUGUUUCUGCAAAAGUAACUGGGACUUCUCUAAAUUAACUACAGAAUGUAAGCAAUGAACUUCCUGGUUGUUUGUAAGUUGUGUUCAGUGACUUAUUCAGGCUUGGUGUCCUGAAGCUGGAAGUAAGCAUCCACUAGUGCAGAACCACUCAUCUGCUUCUGAAGCUGUCUGGGUGCACUAUUGGCUUUGCUAUGAGGACCCUUUUCAGGUGGUGCAUAAAGCUGGUAUUGUAUUUGACAAGGUAAUAGAAUGCAAAAACAUCACCUUCAUCUGCCAGAAUUGCUUACUUUUCUUCUAACAUAAGAAAAAAACAUAAACUGAAAAUUAUGCUAAAGUGAUGUGGGUAUAAGCACAAGCUUUUUCUUGAUCCAUCUGAUCACAACAUAGAUGUCAUCUGUCUCUGGCAACCUCUAGAAGUGGCAAAAUUGCUUGAAAGAUUUGUAACUUGUAGAGAACCUUUCAGCAACCAUUUAUUUCUUAAACGAGCCUGCCCCAACAGUUGUGGAGAAUGAGAACAGCUGAGGUACAAUGUAUUGCUUAACCUUAGUAGUACUGAUGGCAGUUAAAUAAUCCCUCAGCACCUCUCUGCCUCACUGCUUCCAAGAAUUCUCUGCUCUUUGUCAAAUUUCUGCAAGUCUUAAAAUUUGGGGAGAAAUUAUAAAAUGUCAGCUCUGUGUGUACUAAGUACCUGUUGCAUCUCCUUUCUGAACAGAAGUGUAGGAAGGCAUAGGUUAUUUCUCAUUUUAAUCAGAUAAUUAUUUUUGCAUCAAGAGAAUGUAUUUAUUUGUCAUAUUUGGUAUCCUAUUAAAAUAGCCUUUCUUCGUUUGUUUGCAUAUAACCUGCUGUUUGAUAUAUAAGCUUCUAGUGAAGAACAGAUUUGCAAUGAGUGUUUUAAAAAUACUUUUUAGUGUGCCUCAUGCCAAGAAUCCCUCACACCAGACUAAAAAUGUGUAUUUGUUUCUAUUGUAUUUUGUGUUUUGUUUUUUUUUAAAAAAAGAGAAUUGCAGCACUUCCAUGUCAUUGCUGUUUGUGUACACUCUUGAACUAUUGGUCCAUGUGCAUUUGGUUUUAUCGAGUGAAGGCUGCCCUCAAAUAAACAGGUUGUGUUCUUGUAACAGCUGAGAGAUUAGUGAUUCUUGGACCUAUCCUUAUUCACAAGCCCCUUGAGCUGUCCUGUUGCAAAAAGUCCUCUUAACCAGGAAAACCUCUUGAGGUGCUGGAGCUUCUGGCUUCUUUGCGCAAGCAAAGGUUUGGGGUGUUACAUGGAGUGGACCAAAAUCACCUGGAGCAUAUAAAAGAGCACAGUUUGAGAGAGACAGACCUGUGGACACUUAAAACAGAGGUGGAUUUGUUCUAACCACUGAGAGCAGCAAUGUAUAGUGCUUUUUAUUUUAAUGGGAAGAAAUGUAAACAGUAAAAAGACAUGGAAGUGCUUCUGUUCUGGGUGUUUAAGAAUAGCUCAGGAAGGAAAAGAUGGCAUUUACAUUUUGGACAUUUCACUGGACAAUUUUAAAAAAAAAACAACCAACUGUGACUUAUUUCUGAGUGUCUCCUGAUAGCAUAUUUGUUUGUAUAUUAUGUAAACUAUUUUAGUACUCAUUAAAAAUAAAUUUACUUGUUUGUUUUAUAA